AUGGACCCGAACAACCUUGACCUGGUUGAGAACCGUCGCCGCAUGCUCGCCGGUGAGCUGUACUACGCCUUCACCCCCGAUCUUAUCGCAGACCGCCUCCGGUGCAAGGUUGCCUGUAAUGCCUACAACAUACAAGAUGCCGCCGGGGCUCCGCGCCGGAAGCUAGUCGAGUUGUGGAAAGACAUCGUCCGCGACGAAACAGCCCUCCCACCGGCAGGCAGUCCCGAAGAGGAAGCAGCCCUGCGCAACUACCCCUGGGUCGACAGUCCGAUCAAAUUCGACUACGGCGUCCAGUGCACCUUCGGCCCCGGCGUGUACCUCAACUCCUCGACCACCUUCAUCGACACCUGCGCCAUCCACAUCGGCGCCCGCACCCUGGUCGGGCCCAACUGCAGCUUCUACUCGGGCACCCACCCGCUCGACCCGGCCGUGCGCGACGGCCUGCGCGGGCCCGAGUCCGGCAAGCCGAUCGUGGUCGGCGAGGACUGCUGGUUUGGCGGCGGCGUGAUCGUGUGUCCUGGUGUCACGAUUGGGAAGGGGGUCACGGUGGGCGCCGGCAGUGUGGUGACGAGGGAUGUGGAGGAUUUUGUGGUGGUGGCGGGGAAUCCGGCGAGGGUGAUUCGGAGGUUGGAGGGGGUCGACCUUUGCGCCCCAGACUCGACUACCUCAUCAUACUCAUAA